UGCAUUGAUACACAGUCCCACUUUAGUCAUUGCAGACAUUAGAAGGAAACUACAUUUGUGUUUGGAGGCGAAAUAGAGGUAAAUAUUUUUAACUUUAACAGACAUAUAAUGAUUCUAAUGUUUGUUAUUGAUAAAAUAUAUUUACAAUAAAUAUUUUCUAUAGUACAGUCACAAAUUUAUUUUCAUUCAUAGGAUGCUGUGUGAAUAAGGUUCCUGGUACAGUAAAACUGCGAUCCCUCGAGGUCGCAGGAGACCGAGCCUAAACUUCGAGGGAACAACCCGAUUUUAAAUUCUCCGGUCUGUUAAGAAAGAUAUUGAAGUAAAGUAUGUUAAAAAUAUUCCUGACUUUACACCAUUUAAAAUAUAUUUACUACAUUUGUUCAUCUGUAUAACCGCCUCCGUGAUCGAGGGGUUAGAGUCGAUGACUUCUAAUUCAGUAACCUCUCUGGCAUGGGUUCGAACCCUGGGAGAUGCUUUGGUAGAAAAGCGCGGAGGAAGGUAGUCUAGUACUGGUGUAACUCUCCAGGAACGAUGGUUACGAAAUUACCCGCCUAUAUGACUGAAAUACUGUUUGGAAAAGGCGUAAAAAGAAACAAACAAACAAACUUGUUCAUCUGUAUGUCCACAUUCCCCCCCUGCCUAUCUGUAUUUUAUUUUUUACUCAGAUGCAAGCUGAUGCUAUAACCAGGGAGGAGAGGGUUGCUAUGUACUAUCACAAGGGAUUCACAAUCAAGGAGAUUGUUGGUUUUAUGAGCUUACAAUACGAUACUAUAUUGAGUGAACGAACAGUACAUAGGAUUUUGAGAAGCCAGGGACUAUACAGGCGUCAAAACCAAAGCGGGUUACCAGAUGUUGUUGAGGCAAUUUUACUGGAACUUUCCGGAACCGGACAGAAUGCUGGAUAUCGUCAAAUGAGACAGAGACUUUUGGUACAUCAUGGUAUAGUCGCAACUUGUGAAACUGUAAGGCUUGCACUUAGUGUAAUAGACCCAAGUGGUGUAAUGCUUAAACAGUCUAAAACACUAAGACGUCGUGUUUAUAGAAAUGCUGGCCCUAACUUUGCUAUACAUUUCGAUGGAUGGGAUAAGUUAAAACCAUAUGGCGUGUCAAUGCAUGGUGGUAUUGACGGGUUUUCCCGACGACUGUUGUGGUUGAAAUGUUGUAACUCAAACAAAAAGCCUCAGUAUAUUGGUCACUUUUAUUUGUAUGUUGAAGAAAUUCAAGGCUUGCCGCUGCGCGUGUACGCUGAUCGAGGUGCAGAAAAUGUUACUGUCCGUGAUAUACAACAUGCUUUGCAUUCGAUGGACCCGCAUCAGUAUUUGGGGUAUAGCAAUUUUGUGUAUGUGUCGUCCACCAGGCAUGUAAGGAUAGAACGAUUUUGGAGGACAUUACGGGACAUGUGUGGGAACACAUGGAUGAAUUUUUUUAAGGAUAUGUGUGACAUGGGGAUCCUAGAUACCACGGAUAACCUUCACCUGGAAUGUGUUAGAUAUUGCUAUUUUACUCUAAUAAGAAAAAAUCUCAAUGAUGUUAUUGGUGUGUGGAACUCACAUCGGGUUAGGCAGUGUCGUUUUGCUGAAAGUCCAGCUGGCAAACCGGACGUUUUGUUUUACCAGCCGGAACUGUACGGUGCUGGGGAUUUUAAAGUUCCAUUGGCAAAUGGUUUGCAAGAAGUCAGAGAAAGGUUUUGUGAGAAUCCAUCACAGAAUGGUGAUAUGAAGAAUUUUUAAUUUUAGCCAGGAACGUAUUGACAGAGUUCGAUAUGGGUACUGCUAGAAACAGACUUGAAGCCACGGAAAUGUUCAUUGCAAUAACUGCUUAUGCUGACUGCUUGUAAAAAUGAAGAGUAUUGUAAAGUAGAAAAAGUACUGUUUACUGUUGAUCUGGAGCGUUUCUCUACAUAAUUUGAGAGUUGUCUGUGUGUGUUGUUUGUCAUCUAACAGUGUGUACUUAGGAAGAAUUAAAAGAAAUAGUAGAUCCAAUCCAAUUUCCAACUAGCUCGACGAUGUGUACGCUGUUCAUCCGUGAUCACGGAUGAACAGCGUAACAAUCAUGCCAAGAAAUACCAGCCAAUUUUUCCACUACACAUUAACCCCUUAUUGACCGAGAAGCUAAGGUCAAUUUCUCAUGUUAUCAUGUCUUGAGAAUUGCUGCAUUUUGGUUUGGAAGAAUGUAUUAAAUUUUGCCAAGAAAAACACGAGGAAGUAUUAAAAGGACUGUGCCACAGACUGGCACCAAACAAGUUUUUUUUCUGUAACGAAUCUCAGGACAAUUAUCCAAUAGAAUGUGUUAGUUACGCUUUGAUAUCAUAAAUGUUAUGUAAAAUUAUGUGUCGGAUACCGGGUUCGAACCCGCAUCGCCAAAAUUGUAGGCUCACUCGCUGCACUACAAAGGCAUAUCCUAAUUAGGUGAGAUAAUUAAGCUAUACACCUACCUCGGUCAUAUCACGUGAUAACACCGACUAGCCAAAACAAAAACACAAAAACAUUUUUUUUUUAAAUUACAUAUUUAAUAUUAAUAUGAUAGCGAAAUAUUUAUAUUGAUCCGGAUUGCCUUCACAAACUGUAGUAAAUACAAAUAUAUUUCCCACGUCUAUAAUAUGGUUUUUGAAUUUGGACUCGUAAAUAAUAUCCCAUUUAGCGACAGAAAUAAUGUGAAGGUGAAAUACACAAAUCUAGAAAGAAAAAAAAACAAAUAUUUUUAUUACUUUAUUCAAAUAAGGUCACUGAAUAUUGUAAAUUGAUACAUUUCUUUUUCAAAAUACUCGUAAAUCAAUAUUUUAAUAACCUAAAAAGUAUAAAAGAAAUGUUUGGCGACAUAAAUCAUGAUACGAACUGCGGAUCCUAGGGCUAUUCCAGAAGUCGCAUUUUUUGCGAAAGUUUUUAUAAUCACUAUAAAAAAAAAUCUUAUCUGGAAUUGACCUUUCUAUCGGAAAGAAGAUGUUUGUUACAGACAAACUUACAUCAACUUGUGUUUUGGACCUUUAAAGGCUGGCGACACAUAUUGGCAAUUCUAUAUGAGAAUGGGUCAGAUACUGGAUUGAGUGCUACCGCAAUGUUUCAGAUCACUAAUCUCAUUCUGACAUGACUCGCUUUUCAUCCCCUUUU